AAACCUUUGGUAGUUAUAUAACAUUUCACAUACAAUUUGAUUCAUAUGAUGAUUCACCUCCAAAAAAUGCUUUUGAUAUAUUAAUGACUUCAUCAAAAACAAGAACACUACUAACAUUUAGUUUUUCAGAAGAACUAAAAUCAAAUGAUGAAUUAAAAUUAGAAAUAGCUUCUUAUGUAGGAUCUCAUAGUGUUGGUUGGACAACUGAACAAACAAAAAAAAAUCAUGAAUUAAUGGUACCUAUAGUAAAUGAAGAGGAUACAGAAAAAUUGAAAAUUAUUAUACCUGUUAUAUUUAGGAAUUUGGAAUUAGUCAAGAAAUAUAAAGAACUUAUUGAUGCUGUUAAAACUGUGACAUAUUGGGAAAAAGUUAAUGUGGAUCUAUUUUAUUCUGAAAACAAUUCCGUUGCAAAAAUUGAUUCAAAUGCUGAUGAAUCUAUAGCAUUUGAGAAAAAUUAUGAAGUCUGUAAUAAAUUAAAGGAAUCUAUGCCUAAAUAUGCUACUCAGGCAAUGAGAAAAGAAUUUGUUAAUACAUGUGAAAUGUUUCUUGAAAAUGUUGAAAAAUCUCAAGUUCGUUAUAUAUAUAAAGAAUUUAUGGAAGAUUAUUCUGCAGAUGAAUCUGAAAUAGAUGUCAGAGUUAGGUUAGCAUUUGAUUUAAAUAAUCCAGAAUUAGUUACAAAUCUUAGGCAUUUUAAUGAAAGUCAAAUAUCAAUAUAUAAUCCUUUUUGGGAUGAGGAUUCUAUUAUUGCUGUUAAUGAAAGGCAGCAUGAUCCUAUAGUACAUUUAGCUCGUGCUAUAUCU